CUCGCCAGCCUGCGUUAAAAUCGCGACUCACACAAAGUGCAGCGCGUCUUUGUUUUGAAACUGCAACUCCCAUCAUGCCUCUGCGCCUGUUUCUACUUGGACCAAUCACGGCACAGACUGGCGCGUGAGUCACCACUCUGACCUCACAUGGAGCUAUUUUUUCCCGAGCGAGGCAACGGCUGACGGCGCCAUCUUGAAAGACACUAUUUGUAUCAUUAAACACGUUAAAGCUCCAAUUUGGCGCUAUGUUGUACCUGGAGGAUUAUCUCGAGAUGAUCGAGCAGCUUCCCAUGGACCUUCGCGACAGGUUUACGGAAAUGCGAGAGAUGGACCUGCAGGUCCAAAAUGCGACUGACCAGCUGGAGCAGAAAGUGGUAGACUUCUUCGUCAACGCCAAGAAGAACAAGCCAGAGUGGCGUGAAGAGCAGAUGGAGGUCAUUAAAAAGGAUUAUUAUAAAGCCCUGGAAGACGCCGAUGAGAAGGUCCAGCUGGCCAAUCAGAUUUAUGACCUGGUGGACCGGCACCUGCGCAAGCUGGACCAAGAACUGGCCAAGUUCAAGAUGGAGCUGGAGGCGGACAACGCCGGCAUCACAGAGAUCCUGGAAAGACGUUCUUUGGAGAUGGACAGUCCGUCCCAGCCCGUCAACAACCACCACAUCCACUCCCACGCCGCCGCCGAAAAGAGGAAGUACAAUGCCUCCAUGCACCACACGACGGAACACAUCCCCGAGAAGAAGUUCAAGUCGGAAGCGCUGCUGUCCACGCUGACGUCGGACGCCUCCAAAGAGAACACGCCAGGUUGUCGCAGCAACAGCAUGCCGUCCUCGGCUAACAGCAUCUACAGCGUCAACUCCUCACAACCUUUGACCUCGUAUAGCCUCAGCUCCCUGCCCACCGGGCCGGGGGCGGGGGCCGGCGCCAUCACCAUGGCGGCCGCGCAGGCCGUGCAGGCCACAGCACAGAUGAAGGAGGGUCGCAGGACGUCCAGCCUGAAGGCGAGCUACGAGGCCAUCAAGAACAACGACUUCCAGCUCAGCCGAGACUUUUCCUUGUCACGUGACAACUCGCCAUACCCGUCUUCCGCCCUGGCGUCCACGCUCACGCAGACACUCGCCCCCGCCGCCGCCGCCUCCGACUCCCGGGGCCGCAAGUCCAAAAGCGGCGUGAAGUCUUCCAGCCAUCAGUCGUCUUCAUCUUCGUCGUCCUCCUCGCUGUCGUCCUGCUCGUCCUCAUCGGCGUUGGCGCAGGAACUUUCCCAGCAGGCGUCGGUGCUGCCAGAGGCCGAGGCCAACAGCCAGGUGGACUGGACCUACGACCCAAACGAGCCGCGCUACUGCAUCUGUAACCAGGUGUCCUACGGCGAAAUGGUCGGCUGCGACAACACAGAUUGUCCCAUCGAGUGGUUCCACUACGGCUGCGUGGGUCUGAGCGAAGCGCCCAAAGGGAAGUGGUUUUGUCCGCAGUGCACGGCCGCCAUGAAGCGCAGAGGAAGCCGCCACAAGUAGACGUCAAGGAAAUAAAGUCCACCUUUUUAACAGAAUAAAAGUCUCCUUUGUUUCUUCAAA